AUGGUUGCUUUAUCUGAGUUCGAGAGGCAAAGACAGCAGAAUAUUGCUCGUAACAAAGAGCUUUUCAAGAAGCUGAACUUGGAGACGUUGUCGCGGGAGUUCAAGAAAGAAUUGCCCGAAGAAACGAAAAGAUCAAAUAGCAAUGGCCCCAAACCCAAAAAAGUGAAAAAAGAAGCACCUGUUCCAACACGGAGAUCGAACCGGCUCGCUGGGGUGCAGGCCAACACGGAGGAAGAGCGAAAGGCCAAUGAGGAGGCUGAACUGGCUAAACAGAAGGCUGAGGAGCUCGAACGGUUGAAGAAAAUCAGACUUUCUGGCGACUUUAAGCUGACCGAUGUGAUUUCUGCGGAUGAAAACGAUAAUAAAGAAGUGCUCGACAAGUUGCUCAAAUUGGGCCAAUCGGUCUCGUUUGGCGAUUUCUUCGAUACUAUCAAAACCAAAGAGGCUACCAAGGAUGUGAAAAGCGCCAGAGAAAGUAUGGACUCGCUGGGCCUGUACGAUAAGCUUCCGGCGAGCGAGCUUCGACUCACCGCAUCGCGGAUGACUUCCAUCACGUUCCAUCCGUCCACCACGCGCAAGGUCGUAAUUGGUGGCGACACUGGAGGUGAAAUGGGUAUUUGGUCCGUGGACGACGACACAGACUCGCGCCCCGAGACCACACACCUAAAACACCACGGGAGCAACAUCCCCAGGAUCCGCAUUCGGAACGAGAAACCCAAGGAGAUCGUGUCGUGCUCGUACGAUGGGUCUAUCCGCGUGCUCGACCUGGAUAAACACAACUCGAGCUCGGUUCUGGAUCUCGAUAGCGAGUAUGGCGGUGCUGCCAGUUUCUCUGAUCUGCACUUUUUGGACCCCAAUGUGGCUGCGUUCAGCACCAUGGAGGGUGAGUUUGGCACGUUUGAUCUGCGCGAAAAGCAGCAGAGCCGCUCCAAGAUGAACAUUCUGCAACUACAUGACAAGAAGAUCGGCGGGUUUGGCGUGAACCCGAACUUUACCCAGCAGAUUGCCACCUCUUCGUUGGACCGGACUUUGAAAGUUUGGGACCUCCGCAAAGUGGCAGCAUCAACAUGGUCCGAGCGCGAGAACGCAAAAUCGCCGCACUGCAUGGGCUCCUACAGAAGCCGUCUGAGUAUCAGCACUGCUGACUGGAACAAAAGUGGAGACAUUGUUUGCAACGGCUAUGACAAUACAAUAAAUAUUUUCCGGCUCGGAGACACCUCCAAGCUGGCUCCGGAUCACGUGUUUGAGCCGAUCGUCGAGGAGGCAGAGGAGGGCCAGAUCCCUGUGAACAUGGAGCCUAAUUUCAAGAUGGCGCACAACUGCCAGUCGGGCCGGUGGGUGACUGUGUUGAAGGCCAGAUGGCAGGCCGAUCCGCAGGACGGGGUCGAGAAGUGCAUCAUUGCCAACAUGAAGAAGGCGAUGGAUAUUUUCGAUCGGAAUGGAAACCAGCUAGCUCAUUUGGACGACGAGACCAUGACAGCGGUUCCAGCAGUGUCGUGCUUCCAUCCGACGCAGAACUGGAUCGUUGGGGGCAAUUCGAGUGGAAAGGCGUUUCUAUUCACUUGA